AUGUUCAAGUCGGCCACUCAACAAGAUCAUGGUGAUAUUGGAGUUGAUGGAUUGCAAAAUAAGGUGAGACAACUUAUAGAAGGGAAAAAAUAUUUCCUUAUUCUAGAUGAUUUGUGGAACGAAAGGCGUGAAGAGUGGCUUAAGUUGAGGGAGUUCUUGCAAGUAGGUGCAAAAGGAAGCCGAGUUGUGGUGACUACACGCUCAAAAAAGGUGGCAGGAGCUAUAGGUGACGAUCCAAUGCACGCAUUAGAAGGUUUGUCCGAUGAUGAUUCUUGGCAUUUGUUUAGGAGAGUAGCAUUUAACCAAGGGAGUGGAGAGGUUGAUGAUGACCUUGCGGACAUUGGUAAAGACAUUGUGAAAAAAUGUGCAAAUGUUCCCUUGGCUAUAAGGGUCGUAGGGAGCAUGUUGUAUGGUCAUGAUAAAAGUGAGUGGAAAUUAUUUCAGAGAAUUAAGCUGUCUGAAAUAAUGGGCCGAAGUACUGAAGAGAGUAUAAUGCCAAUAUUGAAGUUUAGUUAUCAUCAACUUAAACCACAGUUAAAGAGUUGUUUUAGCUACUGUGCACUCUUCCCUAAGGAUUACCAGAUUGAGAAAGAGUUGUUGAUCCGUCUAUGGUCUGCACAAGGCUAUCUUGACAAUCAUAUGCAAAGUAGAGAAGAUGUCGGUGAGGAGUAUUUUUCUAUUUUAUUGCAGAGAUGCUUUCUCCAAGAUAUUAAACAUGAUGAAUAUGGUGAAAUAUCUUCUUGUAAAAUGCAUGAUUUGAUUCAUGAUCUUGCACAAGAAGUCGCAGGAAAGGAGUCGUACUUUAUGGAGGAAACUAGCAAAAGAUCUGAUGGAAAAACUCGUCAUCUCGCUACGAGCUCUCUCUUGCUUAAUCCAAGUGAUGUUCUUGACAAGUUUAGGGGAUUGCGUACAUUUCUUCGGCCUUCUUAUCGUAAACUGGAUUGUGAAUCUCAAGUGUCCACAAUCAUAGCAAAAUACAGGCGUUUGCGGGUAUUGGACUUGAACAUGGUUAGGAUAAAAGCAUUACCAAGAACAAUAAAGAACCUUUUACAUUUAAGGUAUCUUGAUCUCUCUCACAAUGAGCGGUUGAAGACACUUCCUGAGUCAAUCACUAGACUCUAUAAUUUGCAAGUGUUGAGUUUAAGGUUCUGUUUUAACCUAGAAGAGUUGCCCAAGGACAUGAGGGAACUAGUCAAUCUUAGGCAUCUGGAUAUACAUGGCUGUGAUGGGUUGAGUCAUAUGCCUGCUGGAAUGGAUAGUAUGACUGGUCUGUGUACCCUUACAAGGGAGCAUAUCUAUUAA